CUCCAACUUGUCUGCUUUUAUUACUUAACUAGAUCUAGACUAGACAACACCGCCCGCCACCACAGCCCGACCCUCCUUCCACCGCCAUGGAUCCGCCACCCUCCUCCGCCCCAAAGCUAAGACUAAUGUGUAGCUUCGGCGGCCUUAUCAUCCCACGUCUCCAAUCCAAAUCAUUUUACUAUUUCGGUGGCGAAAACCGUUUACUCAACAUCCCCACCACCGACAACACCUUCACCACGCUUACACUUUCUUGCCUCACCUCUCCACCUUUCUCCGCCUGGCCACCCCGUUUAUUCUCAAAUACCAAAUCCCGAAUCACGACCUUGACUCGCUCAUUUCCAUCUCAACCGAUGAUGAUCUCCAAAUCAUGUUGGAAGAGCACAAGAGACUCUCUUUUAGCUCCACCGCUGUGUCUUCACGUAUCAGGUUGUAUCUUUUUCCUGUUGGAAAUAUCGAUAAAGCCGAGUUGACUCAUCCGAAACGAGAGAGUUGGUUUGGCGAUGCUUUGAGGAGUGAAAGAGUGGGGUUUGGAGGUGAAAGUGGAGAACAGGCUGAAUCUAUUUCUUUGGAAACUUUUUCUUCUUUUGCUUCUACUCCUUCUUCGAUUUCUUUGUCCGGUUUGCCUCCAAUUAAACACUCGCCUGAUUCAAUAUCAAGCGAUGAAUUUGUUGGGAAUGCUGUUUCUAACGUACAGACUGGAGCUUUUCAAGACCAAGUUGGCCACAUUGCUUCAAUGGAGAACAUGCUCUGUUCUAACCCUUUGAAUCAGACAAGAAUUUACUGAUCCUUCUUCUGGAAUUGAGGUGCACAAACAAUUCAUGCUUCUGGGUUUCCGGUAAAUCUGAUGCAUUUACCUCAACGACAACACAAGUAAUUGAUGAGGACACUCGUUACGUGCUGCCGAGCAUGCCUGAAACACAGCAUGUUAUGUCAUGUUACCCAGUCUAUUUUCCGGUGCCACGGCAGCAGCUACAACAACUCCAUUAUCAAUCAAAUCAGCCUUAUCAAUGUAUAUGUCCCUGUUGCACCGACUCAGCCCAACAAUAUACCUGUGAAAAACGGUAUGGUUCAAGCAACGGCUAUCUGUUCUGGUCAUCCUCAAGCUCUUCCAAAUGCUUCUUUGAUUCCAACUCAAGUGGUUCUGAAGGAGGUUGCAGCAUCACCUCAAUCAGUAGUUGACUUAUCCUCCCAACAAUACCAAAAAAUUCCAGCAGCACACCAACAUAUUCAUUUACCUCGUAUCGAGCCUGAAACAAGGUUUGCAGGGGCUCAAAUUCAGCACCAACCACAAUCAUUUGGUGUCGCCGCUGGAGAAACUGUGAAUAACACUAACAGACUUGAUGAUGACCCUGCUCCAGUCCAAAUAUACAAAUCUCAACCAACCCCACCAAUGUUGACUUCACAGUAUCAAACAAUGACGAAAGCCACAGCAUUGCUGUUGUCUGAUGCUCUGGCAAAGUUGCAUGCAGACAAUGCUGAACAACAGAUUACAGCACCGGAACCAUAAUGACUUGAUUUUCCAUCUGGGAAAACAAUUUUGGUAGGUUUCUUGGUAACUUUGUAGUGGUAUGUGUAGCUUGCCCGCCCUAUAAGUAGACAAUUUGAUCUUCCUCUUUGACUUGAUUUUAUUUUUUACUUUUUUGUUUGUUUUUCUUGGAUGUUCUUGAAUUUGUAGUGUUCCAAACAAAGUGUUUUAUGGUUUGAAUUGUCUCUCCAUCUUCUUGUUGUUACUCAAUG